AUAUCAAUAUAUGUAGAUUUAAGACUUGCACGUUAAGCAGAAGACGUCAACAGUUUACGGCAACUUACUGCUUGAUACAACCGCAUUAAUUUUGACCAUGGGAAAGACAUCAAAGGACAAGCGUGAUGUUUACUAUAGAUUAGCGAAGGAGGAAGGAUGGAGAGCUAGGAGUGCGUUUAAACUGAUGCAAAUAGAUGACGAAUUCAAACUUCUGGAAGGUGUCAAGAAUGUUGUCGACUUAUGUGCAGCCCCAGGAAGCUGGAGUCAAGUUCUUGCAAAGCGUCUUCUGAAAGAUGGGAGUGACAACGCCAAAAUUGUUGCUGUAGACCUCCAAGCAAUGGCCCCUUUAAAAGGAGUCAUUCAAUUACAGGGCGAUAUAACUCAGGUAUCAACUGCGAACGCCAUCAUAGAUCAUUUUAAAGGAGAGUCGGCUGACCUUGUCAUUUGUGAUGGAGCCCCAGAUGUUACUGGUCUUCAUGAAAUGGAUGAAUAUAUUCAGGCACAGCUUCUUCUAGCAGCUCUGAAUAUAACCACACACAUUUUAAAGCCAGGUGGUUCAUUUUUAGCUAAAAUAUUUAGGGGAAAAGAUAUUACUCUUCUAUACUCCCAGUUAAAAAUAUUCUUCCCAAUCGUUACCGUGACAAAACCUCUUAGCAGCAGGAACUCGAGUAUUGAAUCAUUUGUUGUUUGUCAAAAUUAUUCGCCACCUGCCGAUUAUAUUCCAAACAUGAGCAAUCCCCUGCUUGAUCACAAGUACACUGACUGGAACCAACUAACUGGGUCCAACCGAGUAAUUGUACCCUUCCUUGCAUGUGGUGACCUUAGUGCCUAUGACUCAGAUACAAAUUACCCUUUGGAGUUGGAGGGCCGUCAACCUUAUCAGUACCGUCCUCCUGUGCAAUCACCGAUCAGCCCACCAUAUGAGGAGUCAGUUCAACUGAAGAAAAGCAAAGGUUUAGGGAAAUGUGUGGACCCUGCUUCAUCCUCUGAUGAAAUUAUCAAGUCAGCUGAGGAAACUGUAAAUAAAUUGAACCUCAAUUCAGAGUGACCAAUGAAAGUCAGAAAUAAGAUAAUAAAUUGGGAAUUAUUUUUAAUUAUGUGUCAAUGGUCUCUGCGGUGUUUCGUUUAACUAAACCAUGAGUUUUAAUGAGAACAGAUUUGUACCUUCUUGGUGUAUGUAACCCUUAGUGUAAAUAAAUCAACAACACCUGUUUUUUUUAACA